AUGAGUCGUGCUGAAGUUGACUUACAAGUUAGUGUCAAGAAGGCAUGUAGUACAGAUGAAGUUCCCCCAAAGAGAAAACAUGUUAGAGCAUGUAUCGUGUACACUUGGGAUCAUAAGAACUCUCGUGCAUUUUGGAAUGCUGUGAAAAUUCAACCUUUACAAAGUGAUGAAGUUCAAUUAUUCAAGGCUUUGAUUAUGAUACACAAAGUUCUACAAGAAGGACAUCCUAAUACUUUAAAGGAUGCGUACCGUAAUAGAGACUUUUUAUCAUCAUUAAGUACUGUUUUUCCUAAUGACGGCCUUUCGUAUGGAAGAUUGAUCAAUCAAUAUGAUAGGUUUAUCUUAGAGAAGUUGGACUUCCAUAGAAAUAACCCAGGGUUCAAUGGGAUUUUUGAAUACGAAGAGUAUAUUUCAUUGAGAGCAGUCAAUGACCCGAAUGAAGGUUACGAAUCGAUUCUACAAUUAAUGGAUUUACAGGAUCUGAUUAAAGAUUUACAAUUAUUAAUUUUUCUGACAAUUCAUAAAACACCAAAAAAUUUGUGUAAAGUCAGUGCUUUGGUUCCUUUGAUUGCAGAAUCAUAUGGGAUUUAUAAAUUUUGUACAUCAAUGUUGAGAGCUAUGUAUCAACAGUUAGGAGCAGACGAAGCAUUGUCUGUUCUCUUUGAAAGAUUUGAUUCUCAGCAUUUUAUGCUUCGGGAUUUUUAUACCGACUGUCAUGCCAUUAAGUUUUUAACUAGUUUGGUCACAAUUCCACGGUUAUCAAACAACCCUCCUAACUUGCAAGUAACUGAUGAUGGCAAGCCUGUUACUCCAUCAAGGCCAAGGUCUGCUACAGUUGAAAGUACGCCGCAGUUAUCUUCUCAGCCCACUUCAUCUUAUGAACCGCCUGCAGAAGCGCCCCCACCGGUUGAUCUGAUUUUCCUCCAACAAACUGGGAUUUUUGACCAGCAACAACAGGAGCAACAGCAGGUUCAAAGAGAUUUAGAAUUGAAACGUCAACAACAAAUGCAAGACCAAAUGCAGCAGCAACAUAUUUUUGAAGAACAACAGCGUCAACAGGAGAGACGAUUCUUAGAAGAACAACAACUUUUACAACGGCAACAAACUCAGCAACAUCAGUCUCGUGUCACUGAAUUAGAACAUGAUUUAUUAAUGUUCAAGAAUCAAUAUGAUAAUGAUCAACAACUAUUACAACAAUAUGACACUCGUGUUAAAAACUUAGAGACCGAAUUGAUGAACUUGAAUAGUACUGCUACUCAGCAAGUUUCAUCAAAAGAUGAGCAAAUAACUAAUUUGGAACAACAAAUCAAUAAUUGGACCAAAAAAUAUGAAUCAUUAGCUAAAUUAUAUUCACAAUUGCGUCAAGAACAUCUAAAUCUAUUAGCAAAAUUUAAAAAAAUUCAGCAAAAGAUAAAUAGUGCUCAAGAAUCUAUUAUGAAGAAAGAGAAGUUUGAGAAGGACUUAAAGGCCAAAAAUAUUGAAUUGGCUGACUUGAUUCGUGAGCGUGAUAGGGCAAGAUUAGAUUUGGACAGAGUUAAAGCGACGAAAGAUCAGGAUAUUGAAAAGCUUCAAGCGGAAUUAAGAGAAUUAAAUAGUCAAGUAAACGAAUCAGGUAAGUUACAAUCUUUGAAUUUAUCUUCCAUAAUUUCUAAACAUCAAAAUGAAAUGGACCAAUUAAAGAAACAAUUAUCAGUCAGAGAUAAAGACUUGAGUAAUUUAGGUAACAAUAACUUGCAAGAGAAAUUGAAAGAGAAAGAAAUGGACUUGGAGAUUGCUCAAGAAUCUUUAGAUAGUGCAUUGAGGGAACUUGCAAUUUCAAAGAAUGACCAAGAAGAUAUUGUUAAUGCUCAAAUAGAUCAUAUUAUAAUUAGCAAUAUUAGUAAACUUAGAAAAUUGGUUGACAUUCUCUUGGCUAACAAUAUCAAAAGAAUUCAAGAUACUAAAUACGAACUUGCGUCUCCUAUGCAAGCAGGAAACCUUAAUUCUUCACCAGAACAUUUAUUAUCCAUUGUGGAAAUUAGCUCAGACAUGGCUACAGAUUUUGCAACUACGUUCAAUACUUUCAUUGUUGAUGAAAAGCAUAGUUACAAUGACGAUAACUCAAGCUAUUCCGGUAUCAUUUUAAAAGGUUCUGAAUUAACCACAGCGGUUAAUGACUUAAUGUUAAAUGCGAAGGGUAUUUCUAGAAGUCUUUCUAAAGAUGAUGAGGAUAGUAUCUUGAAAUAUGUGUCUAAUGUGUUAGUUAGUACUGAAGCAUUUUUCUUUAAUUUGAGUUCCGAUUCCUUGAGUAAAGUUGAAGAUGAAGAUGGAAAAAUAGAUAAAGUGAUCGACUGUAAUCUACAAGUGCAGAAUGAUUUACAAUUAUUAGGUAAUUAUGUUGAUACAUUAAGAUCCACGCAUGGAAUUAACUUCUCUCUGGGAAAUUUGGAAGAUUUAGUUAAAAAUGAAAUGGAACAGACUGCUAACACCGUUGAUCUUGCUUCAAAAUUUUUGAAGGACCUUUUACAAAAUCCGAAUAUAAAAAGUGGUAACUUCGAAAUUCACGAAACUUUAUUAUCUGCUGCAAUGGCAGUCACAAACGCAGUCGCGUUAUUGAUCCAAGCGGCUACUGAAUCACAAAGAGAAAUCGUUAGUAAAGGAAUGGGUUCCCAAUCACGUACGGAAUUCUACAAGAAAAAUAAUAGAUGGACUGAAGGUUUAAUAAGUGCAUCUAAGGCAAUUGCUGGGGCCACUAAUGUGUUAAUUCAAACUGCAGAUGGUGUUCUUAAAGAAAAAAAUUCUCAUGAACAGUUGAUUGUAGCUUCAAACGAAGUUGCAGCUUCAACCGCCCAAUUAGUUGCCGCAUCCCGGGUUAAAGCAAACUUUGUAUCGCAUACCCAAGAUAAUUUGGAAGUAGCAUCGAGCAAAGUAUCAAAUGCUUGUAAACUUUUAGUUGCGAAGGUACAACAGUUUUUGUCUGAUGACGAAAAUACAAAGAAUGACAUUGAUUUAAGCAAGCUAACACCCUAUGAGGGUAAGACUGUUGAAAUGGAACAACAGGUUGAGAUAUUGAAAUUAGAAAAUAUGUUGAACUCUGCAAGAAAGAGGUUGGGAGAAAUUCGAAAGCAUGGCUAUAAAGAUGAUGACAGUGAUGACGAAAAUUAA